CGCGAGCUACUCCCAAUUUUGGGCGUCAAGUUGGACAAACUUGAAGGCCGGGUUGGAAAGCUGCAUUUGGAGUUACAUCGAGUGGCCGUCAAAUCCGACCUUUAAACGACGCAGCCUGUGAAAUUUGGACACAUCCAAAGUCUUUUAUUUUGAAAAGGAUGAGCUAUUUUAUUUAGAAACUGCAGGAAGUGUCGCUGACGUCCUGUGCGUUUUUUUGGGGGAAGAGGACAUGGGCAAGGUGUACUCGCAGCCAGCCUGUCAGUUUGCGUACGACAGUGACAUCCAGCAGCUUUUCUUCCUGGUGGACCGCGACCCGAGCAGCAUCAACGCCCGGGAUGACGCCACCGGGGACACGCCCCUCAUCGCCGCCUGCCGCGGUGCUCAGCUGGACGCGGUCACGUUCCUGCUGGGGCGCCGCGCGGACGUGCGCGCCAUCAACAAGAAGCAUCGCACGUGUCUUCACUACGUGGCCAAGCAGAACUUUUCCCUUCUGGACCACCUCAUCAUCCUCCUCCUCAUGCCCAUCCUCCUUCUGGGAUACUUUCUCUUGUUACAGAAGCAGAGGCGCAACGAGGCUCUGAUGAAGGAAGUUCUGGACAGCGACGUGGACGUCAACGCAGCCGAUUACAAAGGCAACACAGCUCUGCACUACGUUUGUCUAAGGAAACGACACCAUUUAGUUCCUCUGUUGCUCCUCCGAGAUGCCGACCCCCAUGCCAAGAAUCACGACGGCGAGUCGCCGCUGGACAUAGCCGUGAGGUUAAAGUUCACCAAGGUGGUGAGGCAGCUGAGGAAGACGCUGUGACGCAAUCUGGGCCGGAGGGUGGAUUUGGCGCCGCCUUGUGGUGCGAGGCAAUAACGGCAGACUUGUGAUUUUCUUUCCAUUUUGGUCGUUAUCAAACUACUCAUUGGCCGAGUUCUGAUUUGAAUUCCAACAUCUUCUUCAAAGGUUUUUCAAAUUCUUCUUUCUUUGGCCAGUUCAAUCUCAUUCGCAGCCACGUGGGCCAGCUCGAAGUACAAACUGGUUGCGUGGAUAUUUUAUCGAAAAUUGUGAUCCCCAAUGCAAGAUAUCCUUUAUUUUUCCCGCAAUGGUAAAUUACAAUGUACAGCAUACAUUUUCUUUUCAAAUGUAUUUAUUAAAUCAAUCAACAAUGUAAAACGUAACACGUGACAUGCCAGCUGCAUUCAGCAUCACGAUGCUAAAAACCCGAGCCAGACCCAUUUUCUUGUCCGCUGUUGGGCAGAUUAAAACGCCAACUCGACCGGCGAAUAAAAACACGUCAACAAAA